GUGAGGCCCUGCGCACAGAUCUCGAGGAGUCCCAGAGUGUCCCCGGAGCUGUCACUGGAGCCGUCACUAUGCCGGAAGAAUUUGAGGUCAAAAACAUGGACGUGAAGUCCGGGACUACCCUGAAGAUCAAGGGCAAGAUUGCCGACGGCACUAAUGGUUUUUCGAUUAACCUAGGUCAGGAGGCUAACAAGCUGAACCUGCACUUCAACCCCCGCUUCAACGAGUCCUGCAUUGUCUGCAACUCCAUGGAUGGCAGUUGGGGCAAGGAACAACGCGAAAGCCACCUUUGCUUCAGCCCAGGGUCAGAGGUCAAGUUCACCGUGACCUUCGAGAACGAACAGUUCCAGGUGAAGCUGCCAGACGACCACGUGGUGACCUUUCCCAACAGACUGGGCCACAGCCAACUGAGUUACAUGAGCGUGAAGGGGGGGUUCAAGGUCUCCUCCUUCAAGAUUGAAUGAGUGGGCAGUACCCACCUGAAUAAAACGCCUCCGAUUCCUGAUCA